ACGCACGCACGCACGCACGCGCGCACACAAACGCACGCACGCACUGUUCCUCUCGCUCAGGCACACAGCGCGUCUUACACAGCGUGUGAACGCACGUUUUUCUAGCCACUUUUUUUGUUUGUCCCGAUCGCCUCAUUGGAUCCCAGCGCAAUAGGCUGAACGUAUGCAGCGCGCGCCAUCUGCUUUUAUUCAGCACAGAUCUCGGCUCUCUUUGGCGCACGUGAACGGAUCUCAUGCUGUAGGUUUUGAGUUCCGAAGGCCGUUCAGACUCGGAUAAUGGCUAUGCUCCAUCCCCGAAGGAGGAGAGAUGCGCUGGUCUGGCUGAUGUCCGGACUGCUCGGACUAUGCAUGGCAUUUGGAUCCAGUAAAGCUGAGGAGGAAGACUAUGAGGAUGUUCCCAUAAAUAAAACUUGGGUUUUAUCCCCAAAGGUUUAUGACAGCGAUGUCACACUCAUCCUGAAUAAAUUACUGCAGGGAUAUGACAACAAACUGCGACCAGACAUUGGAGUAAGACCUACAGUCAUUGAGACAGCUGUGUACGUGAACAGCAUAGGCCCAGUGGAUCCCAUCAACAUGGAGUAUACCAUAGACAUCUUCUUCGCUCAGACUUGGUAUGACAGCCGGCUCAAGUUUAACAGCACCAUGAAGCUCCUCAUGCUAAACAGCAACAUGGUGGGAAAGAUCUGGAUCCCUGAUACGUUUUUUCGCAACUCCCGCAAAUCCGAUGCCCACUGGAUAACUACGCCAAACCGGCUCCUGCGUCUUUGGAGCAAUGGACGCGUCAUGUAUACGCUGAGGUUGACUAUUAAUGCGGAAUGCUACCUUAAGCUGCAUAACUUUCCUAUGGAUGAACAUUCGUGUCCGCUGGAGUUUUCAAGCUACGGAUAUCCAAAAAAUGAGAUCCAGUAUAGAUGGCAGCGCCGUGCUGUCGAAGUAGCUGAUCAACGGUACUGGCGACUUUAUCAGUUUGCCUUUGUAGGCUUGCGCAACACGUCUGAUGUGGCACAUACUCAGUCUGGGGAGUAUGUGAUUAUGACGAUCUUCUUUGAUCUGAGCCGGAGAAUGGGCUACUUCACCAUCCAGACCUACAUCCCCUGCAGCAUGAUUGUAGUGCUGUCUUGGGUAUCCUUCUGGAUAAACAAAGACGCUGUCCCUGCUCGAACGUCUUUAGGUAUAACAACCGUCCUUACUAUGACAACUCUCAGCACCAUAUCCAGGAAGUCAUUGCCAAAGGUGUCUUAUGUGACAGCCAUGGAUUUGUUUGUGUCUGUUUGCUUCAUCUUCACCUUUGCUGCACUUAUGGAGUAUGGAACACUGCACUACUUCACCAGUAAUCGUCAGAGCAAGAAAACCAAGUCCAGCAGUGCACCGAAAUCAAGCAUGGGGGACAUCAGACCAGGAACGUCUCUGCUUCAAAUGAACAACAUUGCUCCCUAUCAUGAUGAUGACGAUUACACGUAUGAGUGUCUGGAUGGGAAAGACUGCACAAGUUUCUUCUGCUGCUUCGAUGACUGCCGCUCGGGGGCAUGGCGUGAAAACAGGAUGCAUGUUCAUGUGUCCAAAAUUGACUCCUACUCCCGAAUAUUUUUUCCAACUGCUUUUGGCCUCUUCAACCUUGUGUAUUGGAUUGGAUACCUUUAUCUCAUAUAAAGAUAUGAUGUGAGUGA